UGGGUCUCGUGCCCGCGUGCUGCUCCUGACUGUUAGCCCACUGAACUAAAGUCUCAGUCUGUUUCGAUCCGCCUCUUAGUUUAUCAUUUAAACUACGAUGGGAAAACCUUGUUGAACUUUUUUGCGGUAUUGCUUCUCUCGUCUUACUUCUCCUACCGUUGUCCAAAUAUCUUCCUGUCGUCCCCCAGCUCCGACUGUCGCUACGGUAACCGGGAAAAGUCCAAGCUGGAUGAGUUCACCAACGACUUUGCCAAGGAGCUGCUGGAGUACAGAAAGAUCCAGAAGGAGAGACGACGCUCUUAUUCCAGGUCUAGGUCGUCCUACAGUAGCUCAUCCUACUCCAAAUCCCGUUCCCGUUCUCGUUCGUACUCCCGUUCCUCCAGUCGAUCCAGAUCCCGUUCCAGAUCCCGUUCCAGAUCCCGUUCCAGGUCUUACUCCCGCUCUUCUCCGUACUCCCGCCGCCACGGACGACCUCGCGGCUACCGCUCCCAUUCCCGUGGCUACCGCCGAUCACGCUCGCCGCCGCCUUUCAGAGACGGUGGAGGGGCGGGACGGGGGAGAGGACGGGGACGAGGUUACCGGUCACGCUCUAGAUCACCUGGCCAAGGGGGAUACCGGACCCACACUCCUCCACCCCCAAGCUCCCGCAAGCCUGCCGCUGCUGGAGCGCCACCGGAGGGUGAGAGGAAGUACCCGGGCCGGACCCGGGAGAGGGAUCGGGAGCCGGCGGUGUACGACCGGGGUCCAGAGCACAAAGACCCGUACGAGAGGGAGAGGGUACCGGGAGUGGGAGAAGGAGUACAGGGAAUGGUAUGAGAAAUACUUCAAAAACUACAACUCCCACAACCCUCCUCCCAAUAACCCUCCUCCCCACAGGGGCCGACCCCCCCUUGGUUUCGCCCCCGCCCCUGUGACACCCCCAGCCGGACGAGACAGAGACCCCUACAACCCUCCUCCACCCUCGGACUUCUACCCCUCCCCCCGACACCGCCUGGACCGUGGAUCCUCCCCCUUCAGUCGAGGGAGGAGGCGAGGUGAGGGCUAUCCUCCUCCCCCCUCACACCCCUCCCCCAGGGGCAGGAACCAGCCAAUGACUUACCAGGAGAAGUGUGCUGAGCAGUUUGGAACUCUGCCGCUGUCCCGGUCAGCCAAUCAGGAUCAUCAGACGCCACUGAAGGUCGCAGACAGAGAUCCGUCGUCGAGCGUCGCCUCUCCCGCGGUCACUGUGACCUCCGACCUGAAUGAGCAGAAGCACAGGAAGAGGAAGAAGAGGAAGACUGAGCGAGGGAGAGGGGAGUCCUUCAGUGCUUCUGACUCUACGGACGACGCUCGGAAAGAAGAGACGGAGGAGAAGAAGAAGAGAACUGGGAGUACUCCCAUUGGUUCGUCAAGCCAUGACGACUCCACCCCAGUACGGGACGAGCCAAUAGACAGCGACGCCUCAGACUCAGUCCCGGACAAAGCUGAUAGGUGGACCAGGGACAGUAAGGAGGAGGAAGUGAGGAGAAAGAGUGACAGAGUUUAUAAACGCGGACCGGACUCCAGCGUAGCGAGGAAAGACUCAUCGUCCAAGAGCUGGAAGACUGUUAGAGAGACAGACCGGGACCAGAUCGGUACAGACCGGGACAAGACUGGUACAGACCGGGACCAGAUCGGUACAGACCGGGACAAGACUGGUACAGACCGGGACCAGAUCGGUACUGACCGGGACAAGACUGGUACAGACCGGGACAAGACUGGUACAGCCGGUUUAGCCUACCAGAAGACUUCUCUAACAGAACCGUCAGCCAAACGGGUCAAAGAUGAAUCUAUUCCCCUCCAACCAGACUCUUGCACCUCCCUCCAGAGAGAGAUGGAACUCCAACACCCUGCGCCCCUAGCAUCAGCUCCCAAACUACCUCUUCCUAAACCCCACGCAGACCAGCUCGACACAGUUAGAAUCAACCCAGACCUAUUCAAACCGUUUAGAACCGACCCAAACCAAUUUAAACCUGUCAGAACCGACCCAGACCAGUUUAAACCCGUCAGAACCGACACAAACCAGUUUAAACCUGUCAGAACCGACUCAGACCAGUUCAACACAGUUAGAACCGACCCAGACCAGUUUAAACCGGUUAGAACCGGCCCGGGUCAGUUUAAACCGUUCAGAACCGACCUGGACCAUUCCAGACCAGCCAAGGAGGAGCAGAGAGGGAAGAGAGAUCCAGGGUUUCGGCAGGACAGGGGCUCAGGGAGAGAGGACAAGCCCAGGAGAGAGGCUGACAUCAAGGUGGGUAGAGAACAGGAGAGAGACCCUGGCAAAGCUCCAGACACCAAGUCUGAGAAGAAGUGGAGGAGGAGGAAGGAGGAGGAGGAGAGGAGAAAGGAGGAGAGGAGUAUGUCUGAUAAGGAGAUGGAGGUGCCCCGAAUCAAAUCUCCCGGAGUGGAGCUCACCGAGACCGUAAAACCCUGCAACCUCAAACGUGACGUAGAGGAGGAGAGGGAGAGGGCUUCCGUAAGGCCUCUGAUGGAGAGUGGGAUGAAAGGAGGAGAACCUCAGAGGAAGAUUAAGCCCAACAGAGAAGAAGGGAGGAGGGCCGGCAAGCUUGCGGGCGUGGCCGGAACAGAGGCAGCCAAUCAGAGCAGCUAUAUAAAGGGAAGCGUGGAGAGGAGCAAAGCCAAGAGGAACCGUAAGGUCCUAGCAUCCGACGGACCGGGAACCACAGUGGACUACACCAGUCCCCCAGGGGGCAGUAGUCCUGUGUGUGGCGAUGGAUCAGAGGGCAGAGCAGAGCAGAGGAAGACUGUCGUUAAAACACUGGAGGAAUACACCAACGACAGCUCGGCACCUGCUGACGGACAUAUAGUACUCAUACAGGUCCCUCGCUCCAAGUGGGAGAAGGAGGACUACGAAUCAGAGGAAGAAGAAGGAGGAGGGGUCCGGGUUCAACUCCGCCCCCUGCUCACCCCCUCCCUCCCUUUCCCCCCUGGACCCCACAUCACCGUGACGACGGAGACUGAGGCAGGGCGAAGGAAAGAGAGGGACUGUACCUUUCCCAAGCCAGAGAGAACUAUGUCCCCCUCUAGUGGCAGGGACAGAGAAGACGGCCUGCAGGAUGGAAAACACUCCGGAGACCCCAUCCCUUCUGAGAGAGACGGAGAGACGGAGAGAGAGAGAGAUCAGUUAAAGGAAAAGGAGCAGGAGAGGGAAAGGGAUAACGAACGGGACAGAGAGCGGGAGAAAGAGAGAGAAAGAGAGAGGGAACACAGCCGUGCUUCUGACAAAGAUAUGGACAGACCGAGAAAGAUUCCCUCUUCCUCUCAGCGGCCGGAGAGGAGAGAGAGAGAAGGAGAGAGGACUGGGGAGAGAGGGAUCGACCACAGCAGCGAAAAGAGCUCCUCUCAGCGGCCGGAGCGAGAGAGGAGAGAGAGGACUGGGGAGAGAGGGAUCGACCACAUCAGUGAGAAGAGCUCCUCUCAGCGGCCGGAGCGAGAGAGGAGAGAGAGAGGAGGAGAGAGGACUGGGGAGAGAGGGAUCGACCACAUCAGUGAGAAGAGCUCCUCUCAGCGGCCGGAGCGAGAGAGGAGAGAGAGAGGAGGAGAGAGGACUGGGGAGAGAGGGAGCGACCACGUCAGUGAGAAGAGCUCCUCUCAGCGGCCGGAGCGAGAGAGGAGAGAGAGAGGAGGAGAGAGGACUGGGGAGAGAGGGAGCGACCACAUCAGUGAGAAGAGCUCCUCUCAGCGGCCGGAGCGAGAGAGGAGAGAGAGAGGAGGAGAGAGGACUGGGGAGAGAGGGAGUGACCACAGCAGCGAAAAGAGUUCCUCUUCCUCCUCACACUCUUACUCACGAGAUCGUAAACCUUUUUCUUCUUCCAGGGACCACAAAGCGACCUCUGACCCCAGAGCCAGGGAGCACAGAGACCACAAACAUAAAGACCACAACGACCAGAACUCCUCCACCGUUGACCGUAACACCAACUCUACUGACCGUAGACCACUAGACGACCAGGAGACCACCAGAGAACACAGAGACCACCUCGACCCCAAACACAAAGACCACAGAGAGCUAGACAGUGCCUCUCCCGUCUCAAAGAGAGCCCUACCCCCAUCGGAACCCUCCUCCUCCAGCACCCAAAGAUCUCAGGGAAGCUCUGAGCCCACCAGACCUAGCGAAAGCAGCCCUGGCAGGGACACGACGCAGGACAGAUACCCCUCUCCUCAGGUCUCCAUCUCUGUGGAGAACCAGCCCGCGAGGGGGAAGGCUGAGGGAGAAGAGCCCAGAGUAGAGCGCUCCUCAGCAGGGAGACAGAGCCAACAGGCCAGCCUAGGAAACCUAGAGAAGGAGAUGAGUGGUGGAAAGCCCCACCAACACCCAGCCUCACUCCUACAGCCCCCCAGGACUGACAACAGGGCAGGGGUGCCCCGAGCUGUCAGAGAGAGAGAGAGAAAGAAAGAGAGAGAGUGGCAGAUGCAAAAGAUGAGGGAGAUGAUGGAGAAGGAGAGAGAUGAGGAGGGAGAUAAAGAGGUCGAUAGGGAGAAGGAGAGAGAGAGAGGGGUCGAAAGGGAGAAGGAGAGAGAGAGAGGGGUCGAAAGGGAGAAGGAGAGAGAGAGAGGGGUUGAUAGGGUGAAGGAGAGAGAGAGAGGGGUCGAUAGGGAGAAGGAGAGAGAGAGGGGGGUCGAUAGGGAGAAGGAGAGAGAGAGAGGGGUCGAUAGGGAGAAGGAGAGAGAGAGGGGUCGAAAGGGAGAAGGAGAGAGAGAGGGGGGUCGAUAGGGAGAAGGAGAGAGAGAGGGGGGUCGAUAGGGAGAAGGAGAGAGAGAGGGGGGUCGAUAGGGAGAAGGAGAGAGAGAGAGGGGUCGAUAGGGAGAAGGAGAGAGGGAGGGAGAACCCUAAAGUCAGACCUCCUCCCUCGGUCCCUUCUUCCAGACCUCCUCCCUCGGCCCCUUCCAGACCCCCUCAAUCGGUCCCUUCUUCCAGACCUCCUCCCUCGGUCCCUUCUUCCAGACCUUCUCCUGACCUGGUCAGAGAGACUGAUGAGGCCUUCGUACCUGACUACAGCGAGGGAGAGAUCUCAGAGGGGGAGGAGGAAGGAGAGAGAGCUCUGGAGGGAGAGAGAGCUCUGGAGGGAGAGAGAGCUCUGGAGGGAGAGAGAGCUCUGGAGGGAGAGAGAGAGGUGGAGGGAGAGAGAGCGCUGGAGGGAGAGAGAGAGGAGCAUGGGGGGGACAGCGGCAGAAGUCGUAGCAGCAGCGCCAGCUCUGUCGGUAGCCUGGGCAACAAGAAAGACAAGAAGAAGAAAGAUAGAAAAGAGAAGAAGAAACAGAAGAAGAAGAAGAAGAAGAAGGAUAGAAAGCAGAAGAGACAGGGGAGCCUGGACGCUGAGGAGGGAGAGAUCACGGGACUGAAACACAAGAAGAAGAACAAGGAGAAUGAGAGAGAAGAAGAAGAGGGAUAGAAAGCAGAAGAGACAGGGGGAGCCUGGACGCUGAGGAGGGAGAGAUCACGGGACUGAAACACAAGAAGAAGAACAAGGAGAAUGAGAGAGAAGAAGAAGAGGAGGAGGAGGAGAGAAGAAGACCAAAUGGCUAGCGUGGCCUUAUGAGACGUUUUCGUUGUGAAGCAUUUUUCGACACGUUUCAGCCCAAGGCUCGUGGCCCCUAAACCCUUAUUCCCUAACUAGUGCACGACUUAAGGACAAGCCUAGUGUACUAAGAAGGGAAUUCGGGUGCCAUUUUUCGGAGGAAAGAGACUUGGUUUUCUUCCCUCCGGUCAGUGAACUGUAAGGUCCUCAGAGAGGCAUCACACAGCCUGUAUUCCAAACACCUAUUCCCUAUAUAGGGCCCUAUGUAGGGAACGUGGGUGUCGUUUGUGACGGGACACCCCGUAGUGUAGAUCGUAAAGAGGACUUAAACCGCUCUGCUCUGCAAGCUGUUCACUCUAGUUCAACACUUUCAAGGGGGAUGUUUAGUUUAGUUUUUUUUCGCUGAGGAUUUGGAAUAAUUUAAUGAAUUUAAAGGCUGAUGUAUAAAAUAUAUAUAUAGUUGUUUUUUUGGACUCUGCUAAAGCAGAGGCUGUUUGCUUGGACGAGUCGGUUUACUUGAAUGAUGCUUCGAACUUUGAUUUCAAAUUUUUUUUGUGUGUUUAAAAAAAAUUAAUAAAAGGAUGUUAUUGCUGAA